AUGGCGUCCUUCUUACUACUACUGUUACCGGCAGAACUGCAAAAUGCCAUAUAUGCUUCCCUAGGCGUUAAUGACAUCAAGAAUCUUCGUGUUACAUGCUCUGCCUUGGCGAAAGCUCUCCCUCUACAUUUCGAUCGUGUUUUCAUUUCUGCCAAUUCUCUUAACAUUGAGGUUUUUAAUGCUAUCGCUAAUCACGAAACAUUUCGACACCAAGUCACUGAAAUCAUAUGGGAUGAUGCACGUUUCCGGACUGAACCUAAGCUAGGGGAAGAAGAACAAGAUUAUUGGGGAUACGAAAGCGAUACAGAGUAUGAGUGUACACGCUGGUUUCGGAGAGGGCGCUUCGAUUACGGUGACCAAGGGACCUACAUCUAUCCUGGAGUUCACAUGGGUAUCACAGAGUCAUGGGAGCAUUAUCAAGCGCUGAUGGACGAUCAAACACAAGUUCUUUCUUGCAAUGCCGACAUCGAAGCAUUCAACCAUGGCCUGAGACGUUUUACCUCGUUGAAGCGAGUAACUAUCACGCCUUCAGCUCACGGAAGACACUGGAGCCCGCUCUACAGAACACCAAUGAUUCGAGCCUUCCCUGUCGGGUUUGAUUACCCUUUACCCCGGACCUGGCAGUUUUAUGACGACGACGAGCCAUUUGAUGCUCUUCCCUGGGUAUCUCAUGGUGACGAAACUCCCCACCUGGACAUCUGCGGCGUUGAAAGUACAGCCGAGGUCUACAGGGACCAAUGGCGCGGAUUUCGACUCGUUACUAGAGCCUUGAGUGAGUAUGCCGACCAUACUAUAUCUGAGUUUGUUAUUGGGGGGACUGAAGUACAAUCUGGAUUGAACUGCCGAAUCUUUGACCAGUGGUCCCCCGAGUAUGGCGACCUAGUUACUUUAUUGAAACGCCCUGGGUUCCGACACCUUGAACUUCACUUGUUCACCGCCUUCCUUGAAGACGACGAUUGGCAUUCUCUUAAAACUGGUCUUUUGCGUGAUGCUUUCGCCCAAGCAAAGGAUCUCGAGUACCUAUGCUUGCGUACGACGACAGAUAUCAGUGACGGAGUACCUCAAUGCCUUAUUCCAGGCAUUGAAGGGCAUGCAGUACCUCUGCGAGGUAUCUUUCUUCCAGAGUCUUGGUCGCGACUGCAACACUUUGUUAUCACAAAUCUACUUGUGGAACUAGAUGAUUUCAUGAGUCUCUUGGCCAGUUUGUCACCGUCAUUACGAUCCGUCAAAAUUAUCGAUAUGGCUUUUGAAUCUCAAGAGCAUGGCUAUGAUGAUUUACUUCGCGCCAUACGUGAUGAUCUUGAUUGGCGAUUGCGCCCAGUAGGGGAGAGACCCAAGGUACAAAUAGCAGCUAAGCGGUUAGACGAUGAUGAAAUUGAAGAAGGAAGGUAUAUCAUUUUUGGCCAACCAAUUUCUUCAUAUCUAUAUGGCACAGGAAAAAACCCUUUCGAGGAUAGCAAGUACCGUAUACGACAGGGCCGAGGAGCCGUUCAGCGGGACAUAUUCGACCCGGGCUUUGAGGAGCCAUUCUAG